AUGGGGUCCCAGGUGCCAGCCGCAUCCCGGUGCCGUGACCCAGGCCCCAUCUUCGGCGAGAUGGCUCCCGCGGUCAUUGAGGAUACGCUGAUCCAGCUGGCUACGGAGAACGAGCAGUACCUGAGCGAGCUGCCGGACCAGGCCGGGUGCUUCAAGGAGACGCAGAUAGUGGAAUUUAUAUUCCUUUUGUCUGAAAAAUGGCAUGUGGACCAGUUGGCAAGGUACCAGGCAGUAGAGUUACUUGAAAGGUUUAUGAUCAAGCAGGUAGAACAAAUCCGUAAGUCCUCCAGAGAGAACGUCAGAAGUCGUGAACGAGGACAAGGCCGCAGCUGGAGCUCUCCGAAAGAUCGGAUUUAUGACACCUUUGUCCUGCGACUUGUGUCAUGCAUUCAGCUUGCAAGCAAACUUUCCUUACACUACAAUGUAGUUAACAGUGAUACAGCUUUAAAAUUUCUGCAGUCCUUAAAAUACUCAUACACCAAACAGGAAUUACUUGAGUCGGAGCUUGCCGUGUUAAAAACUCUGCACUUCCAGAUCAACGUGUCGUCUCCUUUGGCUUAUGUGGAAUUGCUUCUAGAGGUUUUAGGACAUAACGGCUGCUUGUUUCCUGCAAAACCAUUACACCAGAUGUGUGUGCAGCUCCUGGACUUCUCCUAUCUUACAAGAGAUACCAUCUACGACACUUUGCUGAAGAUUGCCAUCGAAAAUUCGACACCAAGCAAACUGCAGGUAGCAAAGUUUUUGACAGUAAAGGAAGAUUUCAUGCUCUUGGCUGUUGGAAUCAUCAGCACAAGUGUGUUCAUACUAAACCCUGGGCACUGGAAGCAGGUUGUGGAGGAUUUAAACAGUAUCACCUGCAUUACUUCACAAAGUAUCAUGGAAUUUUCUUACGCGGUACUGAAACACAUCGUGGGCAGCACCACUCCAAAGCAGCACUACAGGAACAGCAGAACAAAAACUCCAGAGAACAGAAUCGUGCCUCUUAAGUAA